AUGACAUCCCCUCUAGCCCCCUAUGCCAUCGACCACGAGGACCCCAACGGACCCGGUGACGCUCGUCCAACAGCCCUCAAAAUAAUCCGCGACCAAGGGCUCGAUGGCACUCUAUCCGGAAAAGUAUUCUUCAUCUCAGGAGGUACAAACGGCAUUGGCGUCGAGACUGCACGUGCAAUUCAUGCCACGGGUGCUGAUGUAUAUAUCACGGGACAGAAUCGUAAGAAGGGACUAGAAGUUGUUGAGCAUAUUACUGGGGAUGGGAAACCGGGGAAAGUUAUGUUUUUGGAGAUGUUUCUUGAUUCCUUGGAGAGCGUUAGAGAUACGGCGAAGAGGUUUUUGGAGUUGAGUGGUGGGAAGGUUAAUGUUUUGAUUACGAAUGCUGGAAUAAGAGGCUACCCCAAAGACAAAACCAAAGACGGCUUCGAGCAACACUUCGGCGUCAACCAUCUAGGCCACUUCGCACUCUUCCACGCCCUCAAGGACGCUCUCCUAUCCUCCUCAACUCCCUCCGUCAACUCCCGCGUCGUUGUCCUCUCAGCUGCAGGCCAUCGUCAAUCCAAAAUCAGAUUCGACGACUACAACUUCGACAUCCGUCCCGAAGAAUAUCAACCUCUUCUGGGUUACGCCCAAUCCAAACUCGCAAACAUCUACAUGGCCACAGAAAUCGAGCGUCGAUUCUCUGCACAGGGACUACAUGCUACAGCCGUGAAUCCAGGUUUAAUCCCCGGAACGGGUCUGAACAAAAAGACUCCACCGGAGCAAUUGGCGCAGAUGUGGAAGAUGACUCAACUCAGGAAUUUGCUCAAAUCUGUGGAACAAGGGGCUGCGACGACGAUUUGGGCAGCUGUGGGCAAGGAGUGGGAAGGGAAAGGGGGGAAAUUUUUGGAGAAUGCGCAGGUUAGUCCGCCUGCGGAUGAGAGUAAGGGUCCGUUGAGUAUUGGGUAUGCUGAGUAUGCGUAUGAUGUGGAUGCGGCGAAGAGGUUGUGGGAGGAUAGUUUGAGGAUGGUUGGGUCGGAGUAG